CUUCAACACCAUGAGCAGCAUCGCAAACCACAAUUGAAUCCACAACCAUGGCUCUCCAGUCCUGUCGCCCGAGCCUGGCCCGCUGCCGACAUGCCGCUCGUGCCUUCUCCCCCUGCGUGCGCGCGUACGCGACCGAAUCCGCGCCGUCAACGCCAGAGACCUUCAAGGUCCCCGCCACAACACCCAGCACAAAUACGAAGCCGCGAUGGAGCCAGACGCCCGAGGGCAUGAAGGCGCCGCUGCAGCUGGACUUUGCGAAGAGCGCCAAGAACAAGAUCUGGGCGGUGAACAACGACCCCACGCGGCUGGACGAGGUGUAUAACCGCUUGCUGGGACCCGGGGGCAGCAAGAUGCUGCCAGAGGAGCUCAAGUGGCUGGCCGUGACGCAUAAGAGCUUCGACCAAGGGAGGAGAGGGUUCAAUGACCGAUUGGCAUUGCUAGGACGGUUGACGAUGGUAAUGGAAGCAACAAAGGAGAUUGUGAGCAAGGAGCCCCUCGCCGGCUCAAUACUCCCCGACCAAUUCGACAGAACGCCAUUGGAGGAUGAUCAGCUACUGUCGGUGGACAACCUCAACGUCAUGGGACCCCGAGACAUGAUUGGCAAGGACAAGCUCUAUCAGCUGGCUAACAACGUGGGCCUGCUGGACGUGGUACGGUGGAAGCCUCGAUUGCCCCGACGACUCGAGGCCUCUGGUGUGGAAGUUGUGCUGAACUCGGCACUUAUGGCCAUCGUUGGCGCAAUCACACUGCAGCACGGAUCGGCCGUGGCAGCACAGGUGGUGAGGGAGAGAAUAUUGGCACAGGUGCCCAAGGACGACUGAAAAAUAUAGACCAGGGCGGAGAGGGGGGAAACAUGUAUGACCAAAAAAAUUGGACGGCGGCGGCGGCGUUGUGUAAUCAUACCUUGUACUAUUUAUGAGGAGACGAAGCUGAACGUGUUUUGAAUCUAGAGGCAUGAAAUGAAAGGACCUGGCUCGGCUUGGUUUAUCGUCAUGGCGAAAGCAUGUAACAUAAGAAUUUGUGCUUUUUUGGACUUGCGGUUUGGGUAGUGAGAUUUGUAUAAAACUCUUUCACCUGUCGCUUACGAUUCAUGGCUGCGAGAUCUUGUAUUCAAACCAAAAAGAAAAUUCAUUCGGG